AGCAAGUCGGUCCGGUAAAAGUGCAGUCUACAAUUAGAGCGAAGUUGAUCGGAGUCUAGAUAGGGAUAAUAAGUGGGCUUGCGAUUAUGGAGAGAGCAAACACGACACGAAGGAAAUAGAGUACAAGGGGCCGACGUUUUAGGUCACAUUGUAUUUAGUUUUGAAAGUUCGUGUGUUUGAUUAUGUCACAAAAUUCGUAGGAUUCCUACAUAGAAAUUGUGUUGGUGUGACAAAAAUUGGUUUCAUAAAUGGAACUCCCCUAUUAUAAACAAACAUAAAAUGAGGUUCUAUUCGUGAAUGCAUGACCUUUUGUGUAAAGAAAUCCGCACAUGUAAAGCCUGGUAUUAUUAAAUUUCAUGUAAUUGCUAUUGUGAUGCAUUGAGAUAGAAAGUCUAAAACUUUGAUAAAUCACAAAUUGUAUGUGAAGAUUUCAAACGUGCAUGAUCCAGCAAAUGAAAAACAUGUCAUUAAACAUGUCAUUAGUCUGUGCUUGAGAUCAUCGCUUGCUAAUUACUUUGGUAUUUUAAUACUUAAUUACAUGUUCAACACGAACGAUUUUACUUUGAAAGUGGGUUCAAACAAUAAAGUAUAUUCUUGAAAAUGUAUUGUGCCUUUGUUAGUUGAUUUGCGUAGAGAUGUUAAUCGUCAUUUCACCGAGUCGUGUGUGAACCGCGAAACUUUCCUAUUAUCCAUGGAGAAAAUAUCCCAUAAAAUGAAAAACGGUUUCACCCGUGCGCGGGUCAUGGCCCUGAGAGUCGCGAUAGUCAAUUAAGAUAGUCGCCGGCAAACGACAAUCGCCACAUAAUUAUCUCGCUCAUUCCUCGUGACCGUACUGAAUCAGCAUUGCAUUAGAGCGCAGGGAGGGUUAGUGUGCAUCCACUAUCAAAACUAUAUCAGUGGGCUGCGGCGGCCGCCGGCGCUCAGUACUCGCGCGCCUCGCCCGCGUGCCGACACGCGAACCAACGAAAGUGAAAUAAACACGAUGAGAAUAACAGUGCGCUUUUUAGUUUUCUGUGGGGUUGCCCUUGCGCAUGUUGCCGCGGACUCCGAAGACCCAACACAGAUUGAAAAGUAUGACAAAAAAAUUAAAACAUACCAAUUAGAUGUUCCUGGAAAGGAUCCAAUCACAAUUAUAGAAAAUACAUCAAAUGCCAAAAAUCUGGAAGAUAAAUGGGAAGAUAUGACUUUUAAACACAGCGAUAAGGAUGAUAUAGAAAUUAAAAAUUUAAUGACACAUAUUGUGCAUGACUUCGACGGAAAUCGUCCGAGAUGUUAUGGUCCUUCAUGCCAGGAUGGAUACAACAAUGAAGAAGAGGAGGCGCUGGAUGAAGACAUCUUGACUGCAGACAAACUUAAAGAUUAUGGAGACUUCCCACGUGAUCGUUUACAAGCGAUAACUGCUUUGGCUGCAAAACUAAAAAAGGAUAAACUGAAAGCAGAUCGCCUUUCAUCGAUGAACAGUGAAGCUAAUGACGACGAAAAUAACGGCAAAGUGUAUACAACUUGGAAUCGGUUGAAAGUUAAGCAACACAAGCAUCCUUACGAUGACAAAGAUGGAUGGGUGAGCCUAGAGCCGGUGGCAUGGUCUACAAGUAAAAUAUCAAAAUGGAAACCCAAUGUCAAGAAACAGAAACCUAACCACUGGAAUGAUGAUGAUGAUAGAUUCCCAAGUGAUGAUAGAUUCCACAGUGACGAUAGGUAUUACAAUGAUGACCGAUAUCAAAGUGACGAGAGACCAAAUAGUUACGACAGAUUCCCUACUCAAGAACCAAAUAAUAAUUACAACUACAAACCCCAGAAAAAACCUACAACUAGACCUGGAUAUAUCAACAAUAAGCUGCACAUGGCUUCCGAAUAUGAGUCUGAAGUACCAUCAAAGCCUACAUGGGCUAAACCAGGUCAUCAAGCAAGUUACCCUUUAACAUGGGCUCCGGAUGAAGGCAGGCGGCCACAUAAACCAAACUGUGAUAAUAACCAGGAAACUUACGCUGAUGACGACGCAGUCUACUAUGGAAUGUCUGACUCUGUAGUAACUGAUCAUCGACCUCCGAACUUUCCUUAUGAAUACGAAGCUCUUCACCAAUCAGCGAGUUCAAUGCAAAAACGCCCUUACAGAAGACCCACCCAAGUAGUUUAUUCUGGAGGCUCCGAUUAUGAUAAUGACCGUAUCUCUCGCCCUCCUCAUGGUGAUGGUCAAUGGGUACUACUAUCAACUACUAAAGGAUACAGAAACAAAAAACGGCAGCGUUCUCUAAACCCCCCUGCUGAUGACCGCUCGGAUGUAUCAACCAUGACGUCACACCAAGCUGUAGCUCUGACUGUACUGCCCGUUGAUAAAGCUCACACUAAUAUGACGACUUCACAUGGAGGUAUGUUAGAAGUGGAAAAGAGUUUUCAAACUGUCGAGGAAGCAAAACGUGAUAUGGACAAGAAGCAUGACCUAGAUGUUGCUAUGACGCAGUUUAGGCCUGUGGUGAAUAAACAUCGACUACUGAAGAGGAAGAUAGUGUCUAACGUGGCUCCCGACAGUUCUACUUUAUUAGCCGCAGUAGGAGCUGGUAUGGUACCUGCGACCAUGGCCAUGGUAGUCCCUAUGAUGCUAGGCAGACGUAAAAGGGAAAUAAGAACACCAGAAUUACAAUUAGAGAAUUUAUUAUAUGAAUACAGAAGAUAGACUUUUAGU